AUGACCGUGAAACGAAUCUAUAUUUGUCGACACGGGUACCGGAUGAACUGGUUACCUGAGCCGCACCCUCCCAACCCCACCGGUAUCGACCUGGAUCCUCCCUUGGCCCCUCACGGCGUCGAACAAGCGGAAGAGCUUGCUCGCCAUCUUGAACAGCUCCCCGCCGACCAACGGCCUCAAUUCAUCCUUUCGUCGCCGUUUUACCGGUGUGUGGAAACAGCCCAACCUAUCACCAAAGCCUUGGGCUCUAAGGUCGCCUUGGAACGUGGUGUAGGUGAAUACUACCGUGUGGGGCGUAACGUGAUUCCUGAGCCGGCAAACUACGACCGUCUUGAAGGAUUCUUCCCCGACGUAUUGGUUAAAGAGAAUGAAUGGCCUAGAGACACUGCUGUGGGCGUGAUCCCCUCGCUUGAAGGGGAACUGCCCGAAGCCAUUUUCGACAGAUGCCAACGGUUUUGGAGAUUAUUCUUCCCCGUGUUUGAAGCGAAACACCCGGAGGUGGAAAAUGUCCUUAUCGUCACUCACGCUGCCACCGCCAUUGCUUUAGGGAUGUCGCUCAUUGGUAAGUCGUCAGUGUUAGAAAGCAUUGAUGACACCCCUAACAACUUUAUCAGAGCGGGGGCAUGUUCGAUGUCGACUUACGUUAAGGAAGGCGACCACUGGAAGCUUACCGUAAACGGAGACACGCUGUUUUUGCGUGAAGGUGAAGAGAUGAACUGGAACUUCCAUCUGGGCUUCGAAGCAGGGCUGGACGAAGACAUUAAACUGCGCAAAAAGCAGGAGGAAGAGACCGAGGUACUCGAGGUUCCCAAUUUCGGACGACGGUUCCAUGAAGAAGCUGACGAUGACCAAGGGUUAGGGAAAAGUCACUUGAUUAAGCCUCUGAGUUACUUUCAAAUCACUGAGCUUAAUCAUGCCACUCCGCUUUUUAAGAUUCUGAAUAACUAUACUAAACCAGUGGGGAAGUCACUAGACCUGUCCAAGGGAGUCGACGUGGCUCUGAAGAUUAUUGAUGGCAAAAUAUACUCUACCGAAUGGACUGAACUUGUGGGCACUGAUAUGAUCUUUGAUGACGAGGGGGAAUUGUUGGCGAUAUCACGCGACCAUCUUCAGGUAGACGAACAGAUAUCCCUUGAGGUGGUUAAGGAACGUCCCGAGGCUGAAAACGACGAACGGCCUACACGAGGAGUACUUGAAGAACAACCUCGCUCGCUGUUUUUGCGUAAAGCUAUUAAGCAACUGAAACUGUCUAAGCAUCGAGCAGCCUCGGCUCGGGCCACUUUGAGCCCCGCCGUUGAUAGCCAGCGAAGUGGAUCCGAGCCGGUAGAGGAGAAUGGCAAUGGCGCCGGUGAUGACGGCAAAGAAAAUGCUGAUGAAACUAACAAUGCUGCCGCUGAGGCGACUAAUAACAAUGCCGCUGACGAGACUAAUAACAAUGCUGGUGAUGGUGAAAACAACGAUGCUAUGGACGUCGAUGGGUAA